GGAACCGAGAUUUUACAAUAUUUUUCUUUCGGCGGUAUAGUGCGGCAAAGUGCCGCGAACAUAUAUAUAUAUAAAUAAAUAUAUUGAUCAGAUGCACGGCAACGACGAACAAUUGAAAGAUCAUUUCAAUUUGCGUUAUUCGUAAUAUUCGUAACCAAAACGUUCUACCACACUAGCGCGUGAGUGAGUGCGAGCGAGAGGGCGAGUGCAAAGUGUGCGACGAGUGAGAGAGAAAAGAAAACCCGCAAAAGCAAGAAGCAUACGAAACAAAAGCACCAACAACAACAACAACAGCAGCAGCAUAAGAAGUGCGUAGUGAAAAGUGAACGCAAAGAAGGGAAGGGGAAUUUGUGUACCACAAUUCUUCUUUUUUUUGUUUGGCCAGGCUCUCCGCGUGUUGUUGUUGUUUGUCCCCUUUUGCCGCCCGAAUAGGAACAACUUCAGCAUAUUUUGGAUUUCCAUUCUUGUUUGAAGAAAUUCCAACGAUUUGACACAACGACAACAGCCCAAGAGUUUCCCCGCACAGGAGCCUGUAGCUGUGUGUCUAGGAUCUAAAGCGGAAGCAGAAGCUGGAACAAGCCGCAGCAGCAGUUACCCAGCAUCUAAAUCUGGAGUAGCGCAUAGUGCUGCCUACUCUGGUGACGAAGGCACAGCCACAACCAGCGAGCAUGUCCAGCAAGGAGGAGACGCCGUCCUCUGGGGCCGCUGCUGUGGGCGGUGCCACCGCAGUUACCACACCCAUUGCCGCCGCUAGCAGCACCUCGUAUGCCAAUGUUGUCCAGAAUGUGGACACCAAGAAGAGAGGUGCCCCAGUCGCCGGUGCCGGUGCCGCUGCCGUCGCCUCAUCCUCGGCCGUCGACAAUAAGGAGAACCAACCAAAUCUGAAGAGCCUCAAGUCGUGGAGUGAGGAAACCGCCGCCGCUGAAGCCGCUGGCGAGACUCUGGUCAGCAAUGUCAGCCUGGCGCUGACCGGCGAGAAGCGUGCUGCCGCCGGUGGCGACAAUACCGCGGAGAACUCAUCCGAACUGGACGACAACAAUGACUUUGUGCCGGUGCUCUCCCAUCAUAGGCGGGACCGCAAAAAGGCACGCAAGGACAAGCCCCGUGAGCAGCGCGACAGGCCGCAGCAGCAGCAACAGCAUCCAGGCAGUGGCGCUGGUCAGAAACCCCUGCAGGCCGGCAGACGGCCCGCUGGCAAUGGUGGUGCCCCUGAUGGGGGCGCCACCGAUCGCAAGGCAGCAGUCCGUCCACGGGCUUCACGUGGCGGCAGUCCACGCAAACCGGGUGCACCCGGUGGCGCCACAGGAGCUGCCGGCAGUGGGAAGCAACAACACAAGGAUCGCAGAUCGGACACCUCACCCAGUGCUAGCCUCGAGGCCACUAGCAGCGGCAACGAGGGCAAAUCCGGUGACGGCGAAUCGCAGUCGGCCACAGGAGCUGCAGCCGGAGGAGCAGGAGCUGCUUCAGCAGUUCCUGCGCCUAAGCGCUUCGUAGCAGCGCCACCGCCCAAAGUCAACGCAUGGAAGAUAUCAGCCAAACAGUCGGGGAGCCCAAAGGCAGGAACCUCUCCAUUGGACAAGCGUGUGUUGCAGCCAAAGGCACAACAACAACAGCAGCAGCAGCAAUCACAAACCAAGCAGACGACUGCCAGCAAUAAUAAUAGUAAUAAUAAUACUAACCAAGGCGCACAGACUACCAGCAGCAGCAGCAGCAGCAAUCCCAAUCCUAACGCCAGCAACAAAAAGACACAGCAGCAGCCGCAACAAUCACAGCCACAACAGGGAGCAGCAGCAGCAGCAUCUACAGCAUCUACACCGACUACUACACAGACAGCAACAAGCAGCAGCAGAAGCACAGCGGUAACCACAGCACCAGCAGCAGCAGCAGCAGUAGCACCACCCGCAGCAGCAGCAGCAGGAGCAGCAGCCACAACCACUGAGGCAACCACAACAACUGUAGUGGAUGCCAGUCAAGCGGAUGCACUUGCCAAAGUCGUGGUAAAGGACAAGAAGAAGGUCAACCAGAAGGCCAGCGAUUUCAGCAACGUUGGUGAUUGGCCCACGCUUAUUGGAGGAAUUUCUGGCAGUGGCAAAGCCACCAGCAACGAACCCAAACGCAACCCAACGAAAAAGCAACCAGCUAAAGCAGCAGCAGCAGCAGCAGCAGCAGCAGCAGCAACCAGCGUCACUUCAAGUGAAGUUGCCACAGAGUCUAACGUAGUAGCCGCCACUUCCAGCACCAACAGCAGCAGUAGCAGCCAAGCUACAGUUGUCGCCACCAACGCUACACCGACAGGAUCAGCAGGACCAGCAGCCCCAGUUACAGCCAGCACGAGCCAUGAUGCCAAAGCCCAGCGAGAAGCCGAGCUAUCCACUGGCAGUGCCACUGCACCAGCUGCUGGCGCCCUUGCCGGCUCUGCCGUCAACAAAAAGAUACCCAAGCACAAGUGGCGUCCGCUGCAAAUCGAUCUGGCCAAGUCCAGUCGCCCUAAACCCAUUGGCGGCCGGCCCCAUCGACGGCUCAGCGACGAUGGCGUCGAUCAGCGGCGUCCGCCGCGUGUCUACCACGAACGGGGGCCGGCGCCAGCCAAUGGGCGGGGUGCCGAUGCUGCUGCAACUGGAGCAGGAGCAACAGCAGCAACGGAGUCCACACGGCCACACAGCGGCCGGUAUCCGUACGUUGCCCGCUCCACGACUGCUCCGACCGAGCGCGUGGAUUCCUGGCGUAGCAGCGGCAGCGCCAGCACCAAUGCCGUUCCCUACGAUGAGCAGCGCUCGGGCCCAGGGUCAGCAGCAGGUGGUGCCGGGGCAAGUGCCGGGGUCCGUGGACCGCGCCGCUUCCGUACGCCGUACCGCGGCGGUCGGCAAGGCCGGGGUGGAUUCUCAAGACAGGGACCAGGUCGUCCGACUAAUCGCAUACCACGCCAUCUGCUAGCUUCGGGCGAAUACGCAAACUAUUUGCCAGCGGACGCGGCUGGCGCAGAUUCAGCCCGGUCCACGUACGUGCUCAUGGGCACUCAUUACUUUGGCAAUGUGCCAGCCUCCUAUAUCGAAAUGGAUGCCAACAGCGUCAAGGAGGCCCUCAAGAAGCAAGUUGAAUACUAUUUCAGCUCCGAUAAUCUUACCGGUGACUUCUUUUUGCGCCGCAAAAUGGAUCCCGAAGGGUAUAUACCGGUAACAUUGAUCGCCUCGUUCCAUCGGGUUCUCGCUCUGACCACAGACGUGGCCCUGAUUGUGAACGCCAUCAAGGAAUCGGAUAAACUGGAUCUCUUCGAGGGCUAUAAGGUGCGCACCAAGACCACGCCCACCGCUUGGCCCAUCAGCGAUGCACCAGAUGCUGCCAACAAGGAUCAGCAGUCGCUGUCCAAGCAGGAGAAUGAGAAGGAGCCAUCAGAGAAUAAGCAGCAGACUGAGGUGGCCGAGGAUGCAGCUGCAGCAGCAUCCGAGGGGAGUUCACCUCCCGCCAUCCUCACAUCUGCAAUGGCCACCAAGCCACUGAGCAGCAUCCCGCCGCCGCCACGGCCGCGUAACUCUCAGAAUCUGGUGCCCAAGAUGCUGCAGGAGAAGCAGCAGCAGCAUCGAUCGACGAUCAAUUCGGUGAAUGCCAUCAGUGUGCUCACCCAGCAGGUGGAGGGCGGUGCUGCAGAGCUGGCCGGACAUUUGAGCGGACUGGCGGAGAGUGUUAAGCCCAAGGCCGAUAAGAGGGCGGCACCCAAGGCUGCUGGUUCAGGAUCAGGAACUGGAACAGGAACUGGGGCUGGUGUUGGCGCUGGUGCUGUUGCUGGAGCAGCUGUUGCUUUGGUUGCGGAGCCGGAGGGCAUGUGGAAAGAGGUAAAGAGACGCUCGAAAACAAAUGCUUUAAAAGAAAAUGCUACUAAAUCCUCCACCACCACCACCAACACCUCGUCCUCGUCCACGACAACACAACAACAACAACAACAAUCGCUUUCACAAACGCUCAACAACAAUAAUAAUUAUAAUAAUAAUGUUAAAAAUGUCAAAACGAACAACAACAAAAACAACACCGUCACCGCAAACGCCACCUCGUCCAAAUCCACGUCCACGUCCUCGUGUGCAUCCAACGCCCCAUCCAACAAUGCCUCAUCAACAAUCACCGCUGCUGUCUCUGUGUCGUCCGCCAACGCCAACACCACCACCAACAACGCUGCCGUUGCCGCCUCCACCACGAAUGCUUCCUCUGUCACCGUCACCACCACAACAACCACAACAACAAUAACCACCACCACAAACAACAACAACAACAAUAAGAAAACAUCUGCCAAUGCUAUCUCCAACUCGAAAUCCUCCUCCUCCUCCUCCAAAACAGCUGCUGCGCCAUCCGCUCAGUGCCAUGCCGAAAAGGAAGAACUAGACUUUCAAUUUGAUGAGGAGCUGAUGGACCCCAUACCCGCCACUGGACGCAUCAAUAACUUUACCGAAAACUUCUCCGACGAUGACGAGAGCGAUUAUGAAUUUGCCGAUCGCGAUAUCAAUAAGCUGCUGAUUGUCGCCCAGGUGGGCCGUCCGCCCAAACACGAAGGCUACGAUCGCACCGCUGACUUUACCUCACGCACCAAAAUUACACAGGAUCUGGAGAAUAUCAUUAACGAUGGACUGGUCAACUACGAGGAGGAUCUGUGGACCACCACAAAUGUGGUGACCGAUUAUCGUACCGUCAAUGUCAUCUCCCAGGCGGACUUUGAGAAAUUGGCUGCUGUUGGCGGCGUUGCGCCCAAUCGUGGCAAGGGUGCGGCUGUGCAGAAGCAAGUGCCACCACCGCCGCCAGCCUAUUUGGAUGAUCUGGAUGCAGAUGACACGCUGGUCGGUGACACUACGCUCAAUUCCACACUGAACUCUACGCUUAAGUCGCGUCGUGCCCGCUUCUAUGCUGCGCCCAAUUCGCAUUCGAUCGAUCCGCGGACGCCACGCAAACGUAAGCUACGCCACACGGCCAAUCCGCCCGUGGAGGCCCAUGUGGGCUGGCUGCUGGACACGGUCGAGCAUAGGCCGCGAACCACAUCGAUGGGUUCGUCGGCGGGCACAUCGCCCACCACAUCGUCGUAUGGGUCGUUUGGAUCGUCGGUGCCACAAUCGUUGCCCGUCUUCCAGCAUCCGUCGCAUGCUCUGCUCAAGGAGAACAACUUCACGCAGCAGGCCUAUCACAAGUACCAUUCGCGGUGCCUCAAGGAGCGGCGUCGUCUGGGCUUUGGCCAGUCGCAGGAGAUGAACACGCUGUAUCGUUUCUGGUCGUUCUUCCUGCGCGAGAACUUCAACAAGACCAUGUACAAUGAGUUCCGCACAUUGGCCCUGGAGGAUGCCGGCAACGGAUUCCGCUAUGGCCUGGAGUGUCUGUUCCGAUUCUUCUCGUACGGCCUGGAGAGAAAGUUCAGGCCAAGCAUCUAUCUGGACUUCCAGGACGAGACUGUGGCCGACUAUGAGACGGGUCAACUGUAUGGCCUCGAGAAAUUCUGGGCCUUCCUCAAGUACUACAAGAACGGGGAGAAGCUGGAGGUACAGCCAAAGCUGGCAGACUAUAUGAAGAACUUCAAGACCAUCGAAGAUUUCCGAGUGGUGGAGCCAGAGAUCGAUGAGAUGCUGCAGGGUGUGGGCAGCCUGCAUCCCGGCCGUCAGCUCAACAGGCAUCGCAGUGUGUCCGAGAGUGAUGGAACCGCUGUGAUCACGGCUGGUGGUCGUCGCUUGAACACCACCAUCACCAAUCGCAGUGACUAUGUGGGACGGUUAAUCCAGCAGCAGCAGCAGCACCAACAACAGCAGCAGCACCACCACCAACAACAGCAGCAAUAUCAUCAGGGAUACGGUAAUCAGAACCGCAGACGCACCGGCUCCUUUGGCAGCAGCACAGUGCGCACUCGUAGCGGUUCGCUGGGCAAUAAGCCGCAGGUUGUUCAUCGCAAUCAAGGAUCCCAGCAUGAGCUGCGACGUGGUGGCAGCAAUUCAGGAUUGGCGCCACACAAGCGUCAGCAUCAUCAGCAGCAGCAGCAACAGCAGCAGCAGAAGUCCAAGCCACAGGCUCAGGGCAUAUCACAGACAAAUAAUAUAGUGCGUGCCUCCACAUCGGCGGCAGCGGCAGCAGCAACAACAAUAACAACAGCAACAGCAACAGCGCCAGCGAUAGUAGUGGCAACAGCAGCAGCAGCAGCAGCAGCGUCGUCCUCGUCAUCGUCGCAGAAGUAGAAAACAUGAAAAUGCAGACACAUUUAUUCGAUUAGACUUAAGUUAAAUUGCGACUUAGUUGGGAGCACAGCGCUUUCUAUGCGAUUGGCUCCUCUCUCUUUUGUUCACUAUUCAUUCUUAUUAUUCGUCUGUAGCAGCAGUAGUUGUAGUAGUAUUCGAGAGUCAGGCGUUCAAGAAGUGGGGGAAGAGGCGUGUCAGUAGCCUCUUUUAGCAUAAUUAAGUACAAUUUUUGAAAUUUGUUUAUUGCAAUUUGCCCUAGCGCGCGUUGGUUUAGUAGUAAUGAUGAUGAUACCUUAUUUUUUUUUUAUUGUUUGCAGUCCCUUUAAAUGAAAUAGUUAUAUAUGAAAUGCUCAAUGUUUGCUGUUGGAACACAGAUAAACCCCAAAAAAAACACACAGAUACAGAAAUACACUGACACACACUCAGCAACCACUAAGCGGGGUCCCCCAGUGCCAAUCAGCCAUGAUCUAGAAACUGAAUGACUAUUAUAAUAAUAUUAUUUUUUAUUUGUUAAAUAUUCUGUUUUUGCCUUUAAAUCAGAUCUAUUUUUUCCUACUUGAAGCAGAGCGUUAAUAAUAGACGUAAUGCCAUUGAACUGUUGUACGGUAUGAAGAUGAAAACCAAUAACGAUUAUCCCUUAAAUAAUAUUCCCUAACGGAAAACGAAAUUUGAUAUAAAACAAAACAAGAAAAAAAAACCAAAUGAUCUGAAUUCAAAUAAAAACAUUUGUAAAUUAAAGCGAAACGUUCUAUAUACAAAUACAUACAUACAUACAUUACGUGUAUGCGCGAGAGCACCUUAUAUAUGAUAGACAUGUAUGAAUAAUAUAUAUAUAUAUUCUUAUUAUUAUUAUUAUUUCUUGUGUGUGACCCAAAGCGCAAAAUGUAAUGAAUGUAAUUUGUUUAAGAGACAACGAGAGAACUUGCACACCUUUACAUACACCCAUUGAGGCAUGCGGGGCUCAAGUGCCAGCGAAUUUUAGUUAUGUAAGCAUUUAAAGCAAAACAAAAAACCCAAUCGCAAUCGGAAUUAGAGUCAGAAAUGGAAACGGAAACGUAGCCUUUGCACUGCCCCCAAGUCUGUCAAUCUAUCUUCGAAUUGGUCUCUGAACUCCCCCCCCCCCCCCACACACACACACACACACACAUUACAAAAAGACCGAACCAGAACUUCGUAACCCGCCAAGCAUUUAGAAGCAUGUCAAAAAAAAAACCAUUUAUUAUUUACGUUUAGUUUUUGCACUUGUUAAUUUUUUAAUUCGAAGGAGAAAAAAAACAAUACAAAAAAAUUUUAAUAACUGAAAAAUGUCAAGUCCAAAAAAAGUUGAAAACUUUCUAGAGAACAUAAGGCAGAGCAGAUUAUGCAAAUCGAAAAGAAAAUCAAUCGUAAUAUAUAACGAAAUUUGUUUCGCAUUAGUUGAUAAAUCAUUAAACAAAAAAAAAAAAAACAUUUACAAAAAAUGUGAGAAAUCAAAUGUAAGCUUAAUACUGAUAUUUAGCUAUAUAUCUGCGCGUAUAUCUAAAAUAUCAUCUACAUACAUAUAAA